AUGGACAAUGUCCUCAUCAUGAACCGAUCAGCCAGCGGCUUUGAGUUCCGGGGGUGGGCGGCCGGCGACGACUUCCGGAGCUUCGCCAUGAGCGCGCUGCCGCCUGAGUCUCGCAGCAUCUACAGCUCCAUCCCGUACGUUUCGCCGCUGCCACCGUUCCAGUACCCGCCAUACCUGCACUCGUCGCUCUCCCUCCCUCCGCUGCAUCCUCGGCGCCUCACGCCUCGCCUCCCGCUCCCGCCGGCGGUAGCGGCGACCAUGACCAAGCACGCCGCGUCGGCGCCGGCCGCUGCUGCUAAGGGAAAGCCGUCGGCGGCGCCGAGGAGGACGGCGGGCUUAGGAGAGUACAAGAGGAAGAAGCCGCCGCGGACGCCGAGGGUCGAGGAAGAACCUCCUAGGGCGCAGCGGAGGAAGCCGCUGGAGCGGGCCACGCCGCUGCCGCCCGCGCCCGCGGUUCACGAGGCGCUGGACGACCUGGAGCGCCAGUUCACCACGGGGUUCGUCGAGGACCUCAUGCACGCGCUCGCGCCGCCGCCAAGCAGCCUGCCGCUGCCCACCUUCUCACUCGUCAGAGCUGCCACACCCAAGGCCGUGCCAUCCUGCACUGUGUAG